AUGGCGGCGAUUUUGCAGAUACGUAUGUGUGAAAGAGAUCGUCAAGGUUUAAAGAAAGUUGUGUUGUCGGAUAUUCGACAUCAUGGCAGCAGUGGCGAGGUUGAACAAGAUCUAGAACAAAAAGAGUAUAAGCUUCGAUGUGCUCAUCAGUCUGUCAGGUCACACAAGUACGCUGGAAGAAAGUUCCAAAAUGGCGGGAUCCACAGGAUUUUGUCAUGGGCACAACCACUUUUGGAACGAAAUAAAAGAAAAGAAGAAGAAGCAGGCAAAGUAGAGCAGGCACCAUCUAUGCUACACAUGGUGACAAGGGUCAGGCCCCUUUACGGAAGACCGCACUGGGAGAAAAAGGCAAUGAAAAAUCUUGGACUAGCCGAAAAGCAGCGGAAGCCUGUAAUUCAUAAAAACACAGCUGAUGUGAAUAAACUACUGGAAAGUGUAAAACACCUGAUAAAAAUAGUGCCUAUCACCUUUCCACAAGGCCUUCCUACAAGUGAGUCAGAUUUGCAGAAUUGUACCCUUCAUCCUGAUGGGCGACUGGUCAUUAAAAAGACAAUUUAUCCACUGGAAUCAGAUGACACAAACAGCAUAUGGAAGAUGGAUACUGAAACACUAAAAAAAGCAGGGGAAAAGGUGCUCUCUGAGUAUAAUCUCAGUGCUGAAUAUUUUCCAGCAAAAUAUGUUUUCAAGUACAACCAAGAUGGAAAAGAAUAUCGAUACACAGGGGAUCAUAAUAUUGGCGCUAACAGAGACUGGUAUUAAGACAGCUGUUGUCAAGUUUCAUGUAACUGUAACAAUAUAAAUUGCUGCAUUCAUUUUCAUUUAGGUGUUCUUUGAUAUUGUAUAUAUCUCUUUGAUGGAUGUGUACAAAUUUUACUCAAAUUUUUUUUAAAAUUCAUGUUUCGUUCUCUAUCAGCAAAUUAAAACGAUAGCAAUCUG